AUCACUGUUUUCCACCCAGCCAACGCGAUCAACGCUAUUCCAUUCCGUUUCUGCUUCUCUCUACACAAUUAUCAACCAUUACAAACAAAAAUAUUUCGCAAAAAAUUAACAACAAAUUAUAAUGCUAGUUGAUGAAGACAAAAAAAUGCAAGUAGAACGAGUAUUAAUGAACUUCGAUGUGAACUUUCAUCUUUUGUAAGAUAAAUAAACGCGAAGAGGAGAAGAGAGGAAGAAUUAAUAAUAUAUAUAUUGCAUAUGAGCAGAGAGGAUCAUCACUCCAAUUAUUGUGGCUGUGCGUGUGCGGCAACAAUAACAGCAGCGGAAAUCCUUGAGUCGAUGGGCGGUCAGUUGGUAAUCCGAAAAAGGGGACAAGAGUUUCUGUUUGUCUGACUGUGUCUCUUGAUACGUUCGCAAACUACGCGCUAAAGAACGUCUCGUCUACUGCUUUAGUUGGUGAUCAUCGUGGUGCAGAGAACGAGAAAUGCUGUGGAUGUUCGCGACUUCUGCGCUGGCAGGAAUCCUCCUGCUGGUGACCAUCCUGUGGACGGGCAGAUUCCUGUACUUCUACAGACACCUGAGGACGAUCGAAUCGCCGGUGCCCUUAUGGCCAAUCGUCGGUAACGCGCCGUACUUCAAAGGCGGACCCACAGAAAUACUGCGUCUGGUGAUGGGACUUCUGCGCGGGUACAACUUGAAGAGUUUCCGUAUGACGAUCGGGUUCAAAUGCGUCUACCUGACCACCGAGUACGAUCUGAUCAAGAGCGUUCUGACCUCGCACGACACCCUGCACAAAUCGGACGGUUACAAGUUUCUGCGCUCGUGGCUCGGACACGGAUUGCUCAUCGCCGAGGGGGAGAGAUGGCGGAAGAAUCGCAAGAUGCUGACGCCAACGUUCCACUUCCAAAUCUUGGAACAGUUCACCGAUGUUUAUCAGUCGAUGGGAGACAUCCUCGUCAGCAGAUUGCGCAACGAGGUCGGCGCACCGGAUGUUGAAAUCUCCAAGUUGUUGUCACUCUACACAUUGGACGUGAUUUGCGAGACGGCGAUGGGAUGCUCGGUGAACGCUCAGUCAGAAGUCCACAACGAGUACGUCAAGUGCGUGGAGAUGAUGUGCGGAUUGAUACAGGAGAGAUCGUUCAACCCGUUCUUCCAGUUGGACUUUAUCUACAGAAAAUCGCAACUCUAUCAGCGCGAGUUAAAAGCCCUGAAGACUCUGCACGGAUUCACCGAAUCGGUGAUCAGAACACGACGCGAAGAACUUCUAGCGCGUUCGUCCUGCGAGCAACAGAACUUCGAAGGUAAACGGAAGCUGGCGCUGCUGGAUUUGCUGCUGGAAGCCACCGUCGAUGGACAACCUUUGAGCGACACCAUGAUUCGCGAGGAAGUCGACACGUUCAUGUUCGCCGGACACGAUACGACUUCAGCCGCGCUCUCCUUCGUCGUGCACAUGCUGGCGACGCACCAGGACGCGCAGGACAAAGCUUACGAGGAGCAAGUCUCCAUAUUCGGAGACGACGUUGACGGCAUGUCCACGCUGAAGAUCAUAAACGAGAUGAAAUAUUUAGAAUUAGUCAUCAAGGAAAGCUUAAGACUGUAUCCUUCAGUUCCACUGUACUUGAGGAAACUUCAAAAGGGAUUCAACCACAAUGGCAUUCACAUACCGAAAGGAACGACGCUCGGACUGUUCGCGUACGGCAUCCAGAGGGAUCCCGAUUAUUUCCCGGAUCCCGACAAAUUCGACCCGCAACGAUUCGCGGCAGGAAACGACGAGAAACACAAACAGUUUCCGUACUGUUACGUUCCGUUCAGCGCUGGACCCAGAAAUUGCAUAGGACAAAAAUUCGCGAUGGCCGAGAUGAAGUCGACACUUUCGAAGAUCCUGAGAAACUUCAAGAUUUUACCGACGGUGCCCGCGCACGACGUCCAACUUUGCGCCAACACGAUUUUGACAUCGAAGAAUGGAGUUCGCGUCCGAUUGGCGGAGAGGAGGAAUUGACCGAAUCGACAGAUGAGAUCAAGAUUACUUUAAGCUAUUCAUUUUUUUUCAAUUAACCAUGGUUACGUAUCAAAACAACAACAAGGAGGAGAGAGGGGUUUGGUUACAUUCAUUGGCAAACUCGUCACGAUCGUGGCGGAGACAAAGCGAGAGUUUCGCAAACGUGACACUCAUCAGCAACACGAAAAGAGAGAGAAGAAAAAAAAAGGCCUGCAGUUUUAUGUCAACGCAAUCUCGAUCUUUUUUUUUAUUAUUAUUAUACAACGAUCCACACUUGAUUUAUGCGAAGCCGUCCGCGCAAUAUAUCAUUUCACGAAAACGAGAAUAAUUAAGAGAUUUCAAUCUCGUCGCAGCGAUUCAAAUUAAGUUUAAACCAACAAACAAGAG